AUGAAGGUAUUACGGUUGAGUCAAAAGACAUCACACAGGGAGGUUGAUAAAAGAUACGGGACAGUUACUCAAGCAUCCCAUCAAACCGUGGAGCACGUCAUUGUUUCGAAACACUUUGUGAAUGGAAAAUUGGCAGAGAGAGUUUGUGAGCUUAGCUUGAAAUUUCCGAAAAUCCAGCACUGGGUCGAUAAAAACUGUUUACCCUGGGCUCAAGAAUAUUUCAACAACAAUGUCAAAGAUUUAUCUUUUGAAGAUGAUGAGUUUAGCUUCAUCAUAUCAGAUAUCCCGUCAGUAACUGGACAUUGUGACGUGACUCAAAGAAAGGGUAAAGUGUUGUGCAUCUACGAUAUGAGACUUGUUUUCAACGUCCUGGGCAAAAUAAAGAGCAAAGAUGAACAAAAAUCUGGAACAAUUACCAUUGCCGAAUUUGAACAUGACCAAGACGAAAGUGAAUAUGUAUACGAAGUUGUUGUUGAUAAUGUGUCAUCCAAAGUACGCAAGCAUUUAGUACCAUUGAUAUCGUCAAAGUUGAUAAAAUUCCAACCCGAUUUGAUAGAAGCUCACGCUAAAGAUGUACAACACAAUACUUGA